GCAAUGCAAAUGGAAAAUAUAUUAAUGGGUGAUGGAGAAAGUAUAUUACCCGUCACAAGUUGCAAAAUAAGUGACAGGAUUAUUAUUCUGUAAACAUCUUAGAAAGGAGCAGAAUAUCUUAGCCUUACAUAUUGUUAGGGAAUAUAUAUCUGUAUUGCAGUGGGAAUUGGUAUCUAAUCCCCACCGCCACCACCACCACCAGCCUGUAAAAAUCUGAACAAAUGAUAUUACAAUACUGAGUCCAACAUCAAAUGAAAAGGUCACAUACAUAGACUCAUAUCAUAGGUUUAUAACCCUCAAGGGAUCAAAUCCAAAUGACCCCGCUACACAUACCAGCUUCAAGGGAAUCAUAUCUUGUUGAAUCCCUAAAAAGUAUUCGCCAACUUGCACAUCACUUCAGUUUCCCUUAUUUAACCAUCCACCCAGACACUCACCUACACACACACACUCACACACUCUUUUCCUGUUCUCUUCUUACUUCACUCUUCCUAACACAUUCACAUACACAGUACUCCAUUCAUGGGGUGGACACGAGAAGAGAAUAGACGUUUUGAGGAUGCUCUUGCGGUUCAUGGCCCAGACGACCCAAAUCGGUGGCAACAUGUGGCCAACGCCGUGGGAGGAAAAUCUGUAGAAGAGGUGAAAAUGCACUAUCAGAUUCUCCAGGAAGAUGUCAUUCGAAUUGAGCAUGACCAAAUUCCACUACCCAGGUACAGAGGUGCCGGCAUCAAUGGAAGACAAAUUGACAAUGAACAAAGGCGAAUGAGGAAUCUGACUCUCCGAUGAAGCACUUUGGAGUUGUAAGUUUCCACGAAGGCAUGUGCAAUUUAUGUUGGUGUGCUCACUUCCUGUGUGUUUCUUUUCCGUCAUAUUCACACAAUUGUAUUUUGUAAGAAAUAUCAUGUGAUAUGUAACUCUGCCGGAUAUUAAAAAAUUGUAUGUACUGACAAGUUUGAAUGGUUAAACACCUGUUAAUCAUUUAA